AGUGGUCAGCCUGGGACGGAGGGGUGGGCACUUCGUAGGAACGCCCCGCUGCAGACCCGGCAGCCGAGAUGGCGGCGCCGCAACCGUGCUCGGACAGCUCCUGCUGCUCACACCCCGGUGCGGUGCCCGGGGUACAGCAGACGCUGGAGGAGAUGGACUUCGAGAGGGGAAUCUGGUCGGCAGCCCUGAAUGGAGACCUGGGCCGAGUGAAGUAUUUCAUCCAGAAGGCCACGGACCCUAGCCAGCCUGACUCUGCUGGCUACACUGCACUGCAUUAUGCGAGCCGCAAUGGACACUAUGCUGUUUGCCAGUUCCUGCUGGAAAGUGGAGCAAAGUGUGAUGCCCAGACCCACGGGGGGGCCACAGCUCUGCACAGGGCCAGCUACUGUGGCCACACGGAAAUCGCCCGACUGCUGCUCUCCCACGGGUCCAACCCCCGCCUGGUCGAUGACGAUGGCAUGACCAGUCUGCACAAGGCUGCAGAAAAGGGUCACGAGGACAUUUGCUCCCUCCUGUUACAACACAGCCCAGCCCUGAAGGCUGUUCGGGAUCGCAAAGCACGCCUAGCAUGUGACCUGCUGCCCUGCAACAGUGGCCUGCGGGACCUGUUGGCCAGCUGAGGCUCCUCCUCCUGUCUCUGGCUGCCCUUGAAGAGUACCCAGACUAGCUCUCCACACCCUGCCUUGCUCAGUCAGCAUCAUGCUGCCGGGUGGGACUAGGGCCAGAAUGCCCAGAAAAGCCCCCGCCUGGCCAGUGUGGGAGCCAGAAGGGAGGCUUGGGAGGCCUGAAGACUGUGACCCUGGACAGGUGACCAUAGAAGUUAGUCCUUGUAGAAACGGCUAUCCAUUUGGAAGAAAAUAAAGCUUGCGUCUUGACAACAUCCCACAGACAAAGAUAAAUUUCAAGAGACAGAGACCUAAAUAUAAAAAUGCAAAACUUUGAAGUAUUAGAAGAAAAUAUAGAGUGUCUAACAAAAGCUGUUUCCUAGCUGAAUCAGCUUGGUGCAAUGUUCUUUUUUAACCUGCUUGUCCCUCGGUCCCCCCUCCUCCACACACACACCUAGAAUGAUUAGACUAGGCCUGCCUUAGGGUUACUCUGGGUCUGAGGAAGUCCAUGGAGGGCACUCUAGUGAGUGCACUACAUUACAGGCAGCAUGGGAGAGUACCCAUUGCCAGGCCUGGCCUGGCAGUGCAGGCCUGGCCUGGCAGUGCAGGCCUGAAAUACCAGCUGCUCAGGAGGCUGAGGCUACAGAGGAAUUCAUGGCCAGCCUGGGCAACAUAGACCCAGUCUCAAUAGUUCAAUGGUGGAGUGUUUGCCUGACAUGCAAAAGCCGUGCGUUCAAUCCCUAAUACAAUGGGGAGAAACAGUGCCCAGUCCCAAAGUCUAACUGAUACUGGCUUUUAUUCCAGAAUUUCAGUUCUAGAAGUCUGGUCUGUACAAAGCGUAACUGUGCCAGGUGUAGUUACGCACACCUUUAGUCAUGGCGCCCAAGGCAGGAGGAUCUCUUGGAGCUCCAGGUCAACCAGAGCUACAGAGACCUGGUCUCCAAAAACCACGUAAUUAUAACUGCUUUUUUGUUUGUUUUGCACUGCUUACUAGUGAGACUACACACCUGUCUUUGACCUUCCUAUUUACGCCUAUUUGAAAUGUUUUUGUUCUUGCUACGUAGUCUAGGCUAGCCUCCAACUUCGAGCCGUCCUCUGGCCUCAGCCUCCUGAGUGUUGGGAUUAUAGGUAUGCGUCAGCACAUCCAGCUUGCCAUGUUUUUACUGAUUCACAGGAACUUUAUGUUAGAAUAUUGAGCCUUUGCUUUGGGUGUAUGCAUAUAUAGAGAGAAACAUGUAUAAUAUAUGCCUCAUGUAUGUGUAUUAAAAUUUUCUUUGGCACUAUCA